AUGCUUUGGGGAGCGGUGGUGGUGCUAUUGCCACUCUUGGGACUCUGUCAAUUUGUCCUGCCACCCGAGUGGGUGCCAGGGACCUUCCCUGCCACAGAGGCCGGGGCCAAAGACUUUGUCACUGCCUACAAUACCGCCGCUGAGCUGGUCAUCUACCAAAACCAAGAGGCCAGCUGGACAUACCAGACCAACAUUACGCCCCACAAUGCCGAGAAAAAGGUGGAAUCUGAUGGGAUGAAGCAGGACUUCACAGAAGCCUGGGGGAAGAAGGCCAAAGAUAACUUCUCUCCUACUGUGUUGGCCACCUUCAACACUACUCUGCAGAGGCGUCUCAAGAAGAUCAACAUCCUGGGAGCGGCUAACCUACCUGCAAGAGAAAGAAAUGAGUACAACGUCAUACUAAGCAAGAUGUCUGAAAUAUACUCUACCGCCAAAGUGUGUCCAAAGACUAAUGAAUGCUGGUCUAUUGAGCCAGAGCUGACAGAGAUCAUGGCCAACUCACGGAGCUACAAGACACUGCUGUAUGCUUGGGAGGGUUGGCACAAUGCAUCGGGUGUGCCACUCAAGGCAGAGUAUCCAAAGUUUGUGGAGCUUAGCAACAAGGCCUAUAAAACUGAUGGUUUCGAUGACACGGGAGCAUACUGGCGUUCGUGGUACGAGUCAAAGACUUUUGAGAAUGACCUGGAGGCUAUUUACAAACAGGUGCAGCCGCUCUACCAGAAUCUUCACGCCUUUGUGCGCCGCAAGCUCUACGACCAUUACGGACCGAAAUACAUCAAUCUUAAAGGACCUAUCCCUGCUCACCUGCUAGGAAACAUGUGGUCGCAAACCUGGAACAACAUCUAUGACAUGAUGAUCCCCUUCCCCGGCAAACCCAAUGUGGACGUGACCGAUGAAAUGGUGGCCAAAAACUGGAAUGCUACUCACAUGUUCCGGGUGGCUGAGGAGUUCUUCACCUCCCUCGGCCUCAUCAAAAUGCCCCAAGAGUUCUGGGACAAGUCUAUGUUGGAGAAGCCAGAAGGUCGCGAGGUGGUGUGUCAUGCAUCUGCCUGGGACUUCUACAAUAGAAAGGACUUCAGGAUCAAACAGUGCACAGCAGUCAACAUGCAGCAGCUUUUCACAGUGCACCACGAGAUGGGCCAUGUUGAAUAUUACCUGCAGUACAAGGAACAACCGAUAAGCUUCCGCCGCGGUGCUAACCCAGGCUUCCACGAGGCCAUUGGUGAUGUCAUGUCCCUCUCUGUGUCCACACCUAAGCAUCUGGCCAGCAUCGGCCUACUGUCUAACGCGACCAACGACAACGAGAGUGACAUCAACUACCUGCUGAAGAUGGCUCUGGAGAAGAUGGCCUUCCUUCCCUUUGGUUAUCUCAUUGACCAGUGGAGAUGGAGUGUGUUUAGUGGGCACACCCCCCCAGAGCGAUACAACGCAGACUGGUGGCACCUCAGGACAAAAUACCAGGGUAUAUGUCCUCCCACCAAACGCACAGAGGAGCACAUGGACGCUGGAGCGAAAUAUCACAUUCCAGGAAACACCCCAUACAUCAGGUACUUUGUGAGCUUCAUUCUGCAGUUCCAGUUCCACAAGAAGCUGUGUCAGGCAGCCAAUCAGACAGGACCCCUGCACACAUGUGACAUCUACCAGUCCAAGGAGGCGGGAAAACUUUUAGAGGCAGUCCUUAAAUCUGGAGAAUCCAAGCCCUGGGAACAGGUGCUCCAGGAAGCCGUCGGGACAAACAAGAUUGACGCCAGCUCCCUGAUGGAAUACUUUGGUCCCAUCAUCACAUGGUUGAAGGAACAGAAUGCAGCAAUGAAUGAGACCUUGGGCUGGCCUGACUUUAACUGGGUUCCACCCAUACCAGAGGGCUACCCCGAGGAUAUUGACAUGAUUACAGAUGAGGUGCAGGCAAAGAAUUUCCUGGAGGAGUACAACAGCACUACGGAAGUGGUCUGGAAUGCCUACACUGAGGCAUCGUGGGCCUACAACACUGAUAUCAAUGAGAAGAACAGGCAGAACAUGCUGCAGAAGAAUUUGGACAUGUCUAACCACACACUGACCUACGGAAAGGAGGCCCGCAAGUAUGACACCACAGACUUCCAGGAUGCGGCCGUGAAGCGUAUCUUGAAUAAACUCGGUGACAUUGAAAGGGCCGGACUUCCCAACGAGGAACUGAAAGAGUACAACAAUUUGCUGGCCAACAUGGAGACCAAGUACAGUGUGGCUGAGGUGUGCAGAGCCAAUGGGACCUGCCAUCCACUGGACCCAGACCUCCAGAAGAUCAUGGCUGAGUCCAGAGACUACAAUGAGCUGUUGUUCGCCUGGCAGGGCUGGAGAAAUGCCUCUGGCAGAGAACUGCGACAGGACUACAAGAGAUAUGUGCAACUGGCCAACAAAGCUGCCGCUCUUAACGGACAUUCUGACAAUGGGGCGUUCUGGCGCUCCCUGUACGAGACCCACUCCUUUGAAGAGGAUCUGGAGCAUCUGUGGAAGGAGCUGGAGCCCCUCUAUCUCAAUGUGCACGCCUACGUGCGCAGGUCUCUCUACAGGAAGUAUGGAGGCAAACACAUCAACCUGAAGGGACCCAUCCCUGCCCAUCUUCUAGGCAACAUGUGGGCGCAGACCUGGUCUGGCAUCAUGGACUUGGCCAUUCCGUACCCCGAUGCCACUCAAGUAGAUGCGACACCAGCCAUGAUAGCCAAGGGCUGGAAUGCCACCAGGAUGUUCCAAGAGUCAGACAACUUCUUCACUUCUCUGGGGCUAUUGCCCAUGCCUCCAGAGUUCUGGGUCAAGUCCAUGCUAGAGAAACCCAAUGAUGGACGCAACGUGGUAUGCCAUGCCUCCGCCUGGGACUUCUACAACCGCAAAGACGUCAGGAUCAAACAGUGCACCGUGAUAACCAUGGAUGACCUCAUCACCGUGCACCAUGAGAUGGGUCAUGUGCAGUACUUCCUGCAGUACAAGGACCAACCUACUUCCUUCCGCGACGGCGCCAACCCAGGCUUCCACGAGGCCAUUGGGGAUGUGCUGGCCCUGUCCGUCGCCACUCCCAAGCAUCUAAAGGAGAUUGGUUUACUGGAUGUGGUGGAGGACAACCCAGAGAGUAUGAUCAAUUACCUCAUGAGCAUCGCCCUGGACAAAAUUGCCUUCCUGCCCUUCGGCUACUUGAUGGACCAGUGGAGGUGGAAAGUGUUUGAUGGACGCAUCUCUCAGGAGGAGUACAACAAGGAAUGGUGGAACAUGAGAAUGAAGUACCAGGGCUUGUGUCCACCUGUGGCCCGCACUGAGCAGGACUUUGACCCAGGUGCAAAGUUCCACAUCCCUGCUAAUGUGCCCUAUGUCAGGUACUUCGUGAGCUUCAUCAUCCAGUUCCAGUUUCAUCAGGCUCUGUGUAACGCCGCCGGGCAUGUAGGCCCUCUCCACCAAUGUGAUAUCUACCGCUCCAAAGAGGCAGGGAAGCUUCUAGGUGACGUGAUGAAGCUGGGUUUUAGUAAGCCCUGGCCUGAAGCGAUGGCUAUGGUCACUGGAGAGCCUACCAUGUCCGCCAAGCCACUGGUACAGUACUUCAAACCUCUCACUGAUUGGCUGGAGGCAGAAAACAACAAGAAUGGCGAGGUCAGAGGCUGGCCUGAAUAUGACUGGAAACCAGCAAGUAAGUCUGAUAACCAGGCCCAGUCCGCAACCCCAACCCCAACCCCAGUUCGAGAUAAUGGUAAAGUGAACUUUCUGGGCAUGAGUCUGGAUGGUGCAGCGGCUGCAGCAGGCCAGUGGGUCCUACUGGUCCUGGGCCUGGUGCUCCUAGUGGCCACCAUCCUCCUGGGCUACAAGCACAAGAAAUCAAAACGAAGAGAUCUGUCCUCAUCUGAGCUGGAGCUGAAGUAAGG